UAUAAACAACCAUUACAUCCUAGGGUUUCUAUACGGAAAAGGAGAUUCAGGAGGAGGAACAACAGCGACAAUGGUUCUCAAGACCGAACUUUGCCGUUUCAGUGGUGCAAAAAUCUACCCUGGUAAAGGCAUAAGAUUUGUGCGUGGUGAUUCUCAGGUCUUCCUCUUUGCGAACUCCAAAUGCAAGAGGUAUUUCCACAACCGAUUGAAGCCUUCAAAGCUCACCUGGACUGCCAUGUACAGGAAACAGCAUAAGAAGGAUAUUGCCCAAGAAGCUGUGAAAAAGAGGCGUAGGGCCACAAAGAAACCUUACUCAAGGUCCAUUGUUGGUGCUACACUGGAAGUUAUUCAGAAAAAAAGAACAGAGAAACCAGAAGUUCGCGAUGCUGCAAGAGAAGCUGCUCUGCGCGAAAUCAAAGAAAGGGUAAAGAAAACAAAGGAUGAGAAGAAGGCAAAGAAGGCUGAAGUUCAGGCAAAGUUACAAAAAUCCCAAGGCAAAGGUGCUGUCAGCAAGGGUGCUGCACCCAAAGGACCCAAGCUUGGUGGUGGCGGUGGCAAGCGCUGAGUCUAAAGUUUUGUUCCAUUUUGGCCUUGUACUCAAAUAGAGCUGUUUUGUUCCUUUUGUGCUGAUAUUUUAUUUGCUUCAUUAUUCAAAACCUGUUUGGGCUUAUAGUACCUUAUAUUGAAUGGAUUUUCCCGUAGAGCUAAUUUUAAUUUUAUAAAAAUACCUUGUGUUUUUCAAA